AUGUACAUAAAAAAUUAAAAUAAAAACACGUAUAAUUUAUAAAAUAUAUUUCUUAUAUUUCUAAUUUUUCUACUUUUUAAAAAAUAAAUAAAAGGAAGAUACACUUUUAUUAUAAAAUAAUAUAACACUACCAUCUAUUUGUAAAAUAUAAUAAAACAUAUUUUUUAAUUUAUAAUAAACUAUAAAAAAGAUUAAGCUGACAACAUUGGAUUAUUCAAAUAUAGACAAUUAAAAGACUUAAAUUUAAGUGCCAAAAGCAUAUGUGUAUACGACUCUGUUAACGAUAAAAUAUUACUCUCACAUAAAUCUAAAAAGUAACGAGAAAUAGCAUCACUAACAAAAAUAAUGACAUGUCAUAUUGUUUGUUAAUUAAUAUAAGAAAAAGUAAUUAACAAAAUUGAUAUUGUACAAAUAUCCAAACCUGCAGCCUAAAUGAUAGGAACUUCAGCAAAUUUGAAAUAUGGAGAUCAAAUUACUAUUUGGGAUCUUUUACAUAGUUUAAUGCUGCCUUCUGGAAAUGAUUCUGCUUUUGCAUUAGCUGUAUUUUUUUUAAUUAUAUUAAAUUUUAUUAAUAUAAAAUCAAAAGAAGCAAUAAAAAAAUUUGUAUAAGAAAUGAACAAAUAUGCCCGAGAAUUAAACUUAUUACAAACAUAAUAUAGUAACCCACAUGGAUUAAUAAAUAAAUCUAAUAAAUCAAAUGCAAUUGAUUAAUGUAAAUUAUCAGCUUACUCAAUGUUUUAAAGUGGAUUAUUUAGAUAGGUUGUUAAAUGUAAGUUAUAUACUUGUUAGGUUAAAAAUAAAAAUGGAUAACUAAGAAUAUUAACAUGGGAAAAUACAAAUAAAUGUUUGUAGAAAUUUUAAAAUAUUUGUGCUGGUUUAAAAACAGGAACUACUUGCUCGGCAGGACCUUGCUUAGCUACUUCCUGGAAAAUAAAUGACAGAAAUUUUAUUAUUGUUUUAUUGAAAUGUUAAAAUUCGGAAUAAAGGUUUGUGGAAUCUCAUAAAAUUUUUGUUUGGAUUUGCGAUUAACUUAAAAUUGAAUUAAAAUAAGAAGAUAGAAUUUUUUCGAUAAUUUGA